CUUAUUUCACUGCAUUCAACAUUGGUCUUCAGAGCAGGGUGUCGGUUUUUAAAAAGAGCGAAUAGUUCAGAGCGAACUCAUUAAAAAUAUUGAAAUUUAGUGUCAAUAUCCGUCCGAAAAAAUCCGAUUCUCGCCUUUGGGUUUUUAAAAAGUGCUAGUUUGUGAUUAUUGUGUGUGGAAUCUUAAUUGUUUGAGAAAAAUUCGCAGUACAGCUUUAUAAGGUUCCGUCAAAUUAAAAUAAGAAGAAUGAAACGUCGCGAACUCCCUAACGAAGACCACAUUUCGGUAAAUUCGGGUUGACGGUGCAAUACGGCCAAAAUAAACGGUAUAAUUCGACAAUUAACGGAUAAUGGCGACAACGGCUCGCAGGCGAGACCCCGACGAUGAUAUUGCUGCCAUUGCUAAGCAAAUUUCGGACCAAGCUGAGGCUAUUUAUCAAAAUUGGAAAUCGAGAGGAUUAGGGCCGGCUGAUCUUCUGACGUGUCAUGCUGCAGGCGAUACCAGCAAAUUGGGGUCGAUGCUGAAGCCUCAGCCUCCAUCGAAACCAGCCUCCUUGGACAUAUUGGCGCAGGCGCCCACCAUGGACAACAACAGGCUGGAGAAGCUCGUGAAGAACUUCGUCGAUGAAGACAAAGCUCGAAUAGCCGCGGCCCGAAACAAAUUAUCGCCGGUGACGUCACCGUCCGGCAAGAUGCCUUCCAGUAUCCAGUACGCGUUGCAGAAGUUCGAAAAAGGAGUCAGCCAGACGGACGGUGGAGUGGGGCUGAGUGAUAGUGGCAGUGGGGGUAGUUAUCUUAGGAAAACGGCGACGUUACCAGGAAGAAAAAUCGGUAGUGGGGGUGCGAGUAAUGGUGGAGUGGGGGGGAUGAAUGGGGGAACUGUUCCGGGAGUAGGGGUGAAUAGUUAUGCAACGACCAACAAUUCUGUUCAGCACCAGGCCAAACCAGUUAUCGGCCAAAAACCUCAAAUAUCGCCGAAACCUCGUCUAACCGAAACCAUCGAAAUGACGUUACCGCCGGAUCUGAUUACAAGCGGUCUACAAACGUGGCCGCUCAAAAAUCGCGUCAUAAAUACCGACGCGGUGAAAAAAUCGGCGGGCGAGAAUCACGUAGUGGGCGUGGAGAACAACGCGCGGGGCGGAUACACACCGGCGAAGAAAACGACGACGGGCGUGGAGAAUCACGUCGGGGGCGGGUACCAGAACGUGAAAAAGUUGAACGGCGACGGUGGGGAUGGGCGUGUCGCCGGCGGGUACCACAAACCGGAACCGUCUUCUGUUACAAUUGAUCAAGUUGCUUUGGAGGAAAAAAGGCUUAUAAACGCUCUCAAAAACGGUGAAAUCGUUAGCGAUGAACCCGUUCGGACGUUAGGAAAAUUAAAUAGGGAUAUUACGCCAAUAAAACAACCGCCUUCUACCAAAGAACCACCGCCUCCGGAGAAAUUAGUAGAACCUUCGUUACCUAUCAUCGCACCAAUAUCUACUUCUACUGUGACAUCGGCAGCUACAAAAUGGGGCCUGCGCAGUAACUCUCGACGACCUGAACAGCAGGUACCCCAUCCAGAACUGACAACUACCCAAAGGCAGCACCUGCGACAGUCUGCAGCUUCCAAUCCGGUGCGACCAUUUUUAACGCGUGGUUCGGUCGCCGAAAGGGUGCUCAUAUUCGAAAGGUGUCCCAGCGAUUUGCUCUUGGACAAAAGGGCUAGAACGCCAGCUCCGCAGAUCUCCAAAGUUUUGCCGAUAUCGAAACAACAGCCUCCUCAACAUACCACGCUUCAGAGGCAUGUGAAAGCACACCGGAAUGUCAAUAUACCAAGGUUUCACUAUCCGUCGGGGAAACCUUGUUCUCCUGGACAUCUGGAAGCUAUCAAAGCAAAGGUGACCGCAGCUUUUACAAAAAUUGGCGAAAGGGCUUCCAGGGAACAUUUCGGAUCACUUACUCAAGCUACUCAACUGCCCCUUUAUUGGAAAACACCACUGUAUUUGGCCGCUUGCGCGGAUAAAGGCAGCUGUACGAUGGAACAGUUCAUGAUUUUCUGGCAAAACAUGUCUUCGCAGUGCCACGACGCACCAAGUCGCUUCAUAUACAUACUCACCAGAGGACGCCGUAGUUGGCUGGCUCCAGAAGAUUUCAUCCCUUUGGUUCAGGACGUCGUCGAAACUCAUCCAGGUCUAACCUUCCUCAAAGAAGCCACCGAAUUUCACUCGAGAUACGUUCAUACCGUCAUAGCUAGGAUUUAUUACUGUGUCAAUAGGUCUUGGUCAGGAAAAAUUACGAUAUCAGAAUUGAGGCGCGCGAAUUUGCUCAACAUCAUCCAGUUGCUCGAAGAUGAAGAAGACAUCAAUCAGAUCACUCAAUACUUUAGUUACGAACAUUUCUACGUUAUUUACUGUAAAUUUUGGGAGCUAGAUAGAGACCAUGAUCUGUUCAUUGACAAACAUGAUCUCACCAGACACAAUGAUCACGCUCUUUCCACCCGAAUCAUUGACCGAAUUUUUUCGGGCUGUGUCACGAGAGGUCACAAGAAACACCAAGACGAAAGGAUGUCAUACACCGAUUUCGUAUGGUUCCUCCUUAGCGAAGAAGAUAAGUUGCAUCCGACUGCCAUUGAGUAUUGGUUCAGGUGUAUGGACCUGGACGGUGAUGGAUAUCUUUCAAUGUACGAAUUGGAGUAUUUCUAUGACGAACAGAUGCACCGGAUGGAAUCUAUCGGUAUCGAAACGUUGCCUUUUCAAGACUGCCUUUGCCAAAUGUUGGACAUGGUGAAACCCAAAACGCCUGGAAAAAUCUCCUUGAGUGAUCUAAAGAAAUGUAAAAUGACGGCCAUAUUUUACGACACCUUCUUUAAUUUGGAGAAAUACUUGGACCACGAACAAAGAGAUCCGUUUGCGUCGCAAAGGGACCAUGACGUCGAUGGACAAGAGAUGUCUGAUUGGGACAGAUAUGCAGCUGAAGAAUACGAACUCCUUGUUGCCGAAGAAGGUGGAAACGAUCAACCGGAUAGUUUCUCAUUCGAUGAAGGCAAUGAAGACGAUCUCCUCUCCCACCACUUAGAUGGCGCUUUAGAAGACGAAGACGACGAACCUGCUGAAUUGUCCGAGGACAGCGACUGUAGUAUUUAGCAUAAUUGGACGCAAGUCUAGUUUUAUCUGUUUUACUAGUCUUUGAAUAGUAACACGCAGUUAGUCUGUACGAGGCGACAUUUCAUCGUUGCAUGUGUCGGUUGUUAACGAGAUUAUGUCAAACGUUAAAUACGUCAUGUAAGUUCGGAAAGAUUUGUGAUACUCUAAAUCGAUGUGCGAUGUUAUCGUUUUAUUGAGAUUGUUGACUGGAAUGUUUGAUGAAAGGCAAUCAACACUGCGAGCGUUUUUAUAUUCUGUAAUAAUUAUAAAGUUUUGCUAAGCGUUUUCAGAGUUUAAAUUUUUGUGCAACGAAACAUGUUAUUAUCAGCUUUAACCAAUCUUUUGUAGCCUUUUUUUUUAAUAUUUAAAAAGUUUGUUUUAACAUAUUUUGCACGUUUAACUGUCUGUGAUAUUAUUAGUUUUACUAGUACUCGAAAAUUAAAGUGGGUAUUCUGCACUUCUUCAGAAUUUAAUAUAUUAACGGGUAAGACGUUGUAAGAUUAUCCAUCUUGUGACACGUCAUCCAUAAACUUGUAUUUUUAACACUGUUAUCGAUGACGUGCAUUGAAAAUUACAUCAAACCUGUUAAACAGUCUCAAAUAUAUCUAUAUGAAAACUUAGAGGGUGUCAUUGAGAAGUAUUGUGCUGUAUUUCGACAAUUGCUUAUUGCGUAGGAUCGACGACGUCAUCAAUAACCAUGUUACACGUCAUUUCAUUGUAAAUAAAUGUAAUGGGAGUGACUAAAACAGUGUUUUUACGUUAAAUACAAAUCUUGAUAAAAAAAAGCAUUGAAAGAAAACCCCGGAAAAAAGACCUCAAUACACUCCCAAAUAAAUGCAUAGG